UACUGGUGCGUCAGUUAGCUAACUAGCUGCUGAGUGAUGAAACGGCAGCGAGCUCCGUGGGGAGGAGCUGUUUCACAACGGCACGACACACACGAAAAGUAAAGGUGUUGUUCAGUGUUAAUGAAGCUGGUCUCAUGUCAACUGAUGGCCCAGAGGCGACGGAGAAAGUAAAGUCCUCAUUUUUUAUUCACCUUUCGAAAAGUCUUCAACGGUAACUUCAAGCUAGCGUCAACGAGUCUUUUUUCUUUUAAACCACAAAGCAGCGCGCAGCAGCAACGCCCCGGGGCCGAAAUUAAGCACUCACUAUGUCUGAUGGGGACUAUGAUUACCUCAUCAAAUUCCUAGCCCUCGGUGACUCUGGCGUGGGAAAAACCAGCUUCCUCUACCAGUACACGGAUGGCAAGUUUAACUCCAAGUUCAUCACUACAGUCGGAAUAGACUUCAGAGAAAAAAGAGUGGUCUACAAAUCAACGGGUCCAGAUGGGUCAUCAGGCAAAGGACAGAAGAUCCACAUGCAGCUGUGGGACACUGCAGGACAGGAGAGGUUUCGGAGUUUGACAACUGCGUUCUUUAGGGAUGCAAUGGGUUUCCUCCUCCUGUUUGACCUCACUAAUGAACAAAGUUUCCUCAACGUCAGAAACUGGAUGAGCCAGUUACAGGUUCAUGCAUACUGCGAAAAUCCAGACAUAGUUCUAUGCGGCAACAAAUGUGACCUGUCAGAUCAGAGAGCAGUGAGUGAAGAAGAGGCCCGUGAGCUGGCAGAGAAGUAUGGAAUCCCUUAUUUCGAGACAAGUGCUGCAAACGGACAGAAUGUCAACAAGUCUGUGGACGUCCUGCUGGACCUCAUCAUGAAGAGGAUGGAACGAUGCGUCGACAAGUCCUGGAUCCCUGACGGGACCGUCCGAGCUAAUGGACCUACCAACCCAGACCUCUCAGAAGGCUCGGAGAGGAGCAAAUGUGCAUGUUAGAAUGACGUGGAGCUGUUUAAGUUGUCUGUGUGCAUAAUACUGAUGUAAAAAUAGGAAGACGUCCAAGUUUAUAUGUUGUAUUCUGUGUUAGGUGAAACUUAACAUUAAUUUGUGCCCAUUAAUGAUAUACUGUCGUUGACAGGCCGUAUUGUUUGUCAGUACAGAAUUAAGUACCUUUUGAAUGUGGGCAUCAUUUCAUAUCAAGGGUCUUUAAUUAAUUCAUAUUGGUUGUGAGUGUGGGGAUAUUUAUUUGUUAUGAUGCCUCGCUUAAAUGUCCAACUUAUAUUCAUCUAUCAGCUCUCUGUCAGUUGAAUAUGCUGAUCAUGUUUUCAGGUAUAAACUUUGUGCUCCAUGUUGCAACAAAGUGAGCCAGAUAUGUUUAUAAAUAUGCUGUUAAUACUCUUUAAUUGCUGAAGGGUUUGUAGAGUCACACUCAAGAAAGGAGUCACUUAUAUUUCUCUUUGUACAGCCAGGAAAGUGUUGACUGUGAUACCUGCAGUCACCUUGUUUCUUGUGGAUAAACUUUUAGGAAACUUUAUGUCAGCAUUUACAGUUUGUGCUACCGAUGGUCUACUGAAUGUCAGGCUUAAUACUGCGGAAAAAAACGUAGCUCACAUUGAACAUCCAGGAGUGAUUAGAUGGACAAUUAACACUUGUUUCCUUUUCUAAAUCAACACUUGUGUUUGUCCGCCUGCAGAACGUGAAUUAUGGAGCUCAGUUUGACCAGGUCAUCUACACUUCAUUAUGCACAGUCACAAUUUUGUCAGAUAUUAACAAAAGAUGGAUGUUCAGUAGUUUGAUAAGAGGAAUAGAUAAAUCAUAUCUAAAAUCUGAGCAGUAACUCAGGCAAUUCUUCAUCCUGCUGUAUAGAAGAUCUUUGCAAAAUAUAUAUUUGAAAGAAAAAAUGUAAAUGAAAAAAAGAGCUGUUAUUCAUAUUUUGACUGUUUGUGUUAUUCAGACUCAGAUUUACAUUAAAAAUAUAAGUUUAUGGACAUGUAGAGUUUUAAUUCAGGAUUCAGGUUUAAAAGAUAUAAAAAUAUACCAACUGGACAAUUCAUUUUUUGAUUCUUAAACUGCGGAGAUGCAGCUUCACCUAGUUUCUUACUCUCCUUAAACAUUAAUAAUGAGGAAGAAAGAGCAGAGGUGUUAUUUCACACAAAAAUGACUAUUGUUUUAUUGUCUCGGGUCAACAGUUUGUUUAGGGAAACAUCAGCUGUUCAGUGCCAAUUGCUCCAUUUCUGAAUUCCAUAAACCUCAAUAGAUUGUUGGAUUGAAAGUGUUUUUCAGGUUUUCAUGUGACAAUAUGUUAACAAUAUUGAUUUUUGAAAACUGAUGAACCCAGAUUUUGUAUUAGUAAGUGUUGUUUUUUUGAUAAGUAAAUGAAAUGAGGCUUGUACUUUGGUUUACCUUCACAGUGUGCAUUUAAAAUCCUAAUGAUUAUCACUUGAAAUUGGUUUAUAAUACCACUGAUAUUUUAUAUUUUACAGAAAUGGAGAGUAUUUACACUUAGUAAAACACUGAAAUAGCACAACUGUAUUUAACAGUGUUGCACAAAUCCUCAUUAUAUUACACUGUCAUUCUCUCCUGUAUAAAAGGGUAAAGUAUAUUUUCAUCUCUCUGUUUCAAUUCACAGAUUAUGUCACGAAAAAUUGAAUUUGAUGAUGUUAGUAAAACUAAAUGGAAAUAUUUGUCAAUUGUGCCAAACACUUUCAUAUGCAAAAUAUGUACAUUAUGUCCAAAAAUAAACAUUUUUAUUUAUGUA